UCACCAAGAAGCCCUGUCUCAACAUAGUGUCAGUACCGUGGAGAGGCCCUAUGGGUGCCAUGAAUGUGGAAAAACUUUCAGUCGGCGCUUUUCCCUUGUGUUACAUCAGAGGACUCACACAGGAGAGAAACCAUAUGUAUGUAAGGAAUGUGGCAAAACCUUUAGUCAGAUCUCAAACCUUGUGAAACAUCAGAUGAUACACACUGGAAAGAAACCCCAUGAGUGUAAGGACUGUAGUAAAACAUUCAGUUACCUUUCCUUCCUCAUUGAACACCAGAGAACACAUACCGGGGAGAAGCCCUACGCAUGUCCUGAAUGUGGAAAGGCCUUUAGCCGUGCCUCAAACCUCACUCGACAUCAGAGAAUUCACAUAGGAAAGAAACAAUACAUAUGUAGGAAAUGUGGGAAAGCCUUUAGCAGUGGCUCCGAACUCAUUCGUCAUCAGAUCACUCACACGGGAGAGAAGCCUUACGAAUGCCCUGAGUGUGGGAAGGCUUUCCGCCGCUCCUCACACCUCACUCGGCAUCAGAGCAUCCACACGGCCAGAACCCCUUAUGAGUGUAGCGAGUGUAGGAGAGUCUUCCGCUGCCACUCAUUCCUUAUUAAACACCAGAGAAUUCAUGCUGGAGAAAAGCUCUAUGAAUGUGAGGAAUGUGGUAAAGUUUUCACAUGGCACGCAUCCCUCCUCCAACAUAUGAAAAUCCAUACUGGAGAAAAACCCUACGCCUGUGCUGAAUGUGACAAAACCUUUAGUCGGAGCUUCUCCCUCAUUCUACAUCAGAUAACUCAUACUGGGGAGAAGCCCUAUGUGUGUCAGGUAUGCAAUAAAUCCUUCAGCUGGAGCUCAAACCUUGCUAAACAUCAGAGGACACAUACUCUAGAGAACCCCUAUGACUACCACAAUUCAUUGAAUUACCACUCAUUCCUUACUGAUCACCCGGGAAUUCACACUGUUGAGAAAACCUAAGAAUGUAUGCAUUUAAACAUAUAUAGCAGCUAAUGCCUUACUUUGA